AUGUUCAUUCCCUGGGCUACCAAGGCACUUAAUACGGCUAAUUCAGUUAAAGAAGCCCGAGGGGUGAGGCUGGACGAGCCCCCCUCCCUGCUGGAAACCAGAUGCCAGGCAGGAAUGGAAGACAUCGUAAGAGGAGCUCAAGAGCUUGAUAACAUCAUCAAGCAAGGAUACUUGGAGAAGAAAAGCAAAGAUCAUAGUUUCUUUGGAUCGGAGUGGCAGAAGCGAUGGUGUGUUGUCAGCAGAGGCCUCUUCUACUACUAUGCUAAUGAGAAGAGCAAGCAGCCCAAAGGGACCUUCCUCAUUAAGGGCUACAGUGUGCGGAUGGCCCCCCACCUGCGAAGAGAUUCCAAGAAAGAAUCCUGCUUCGAGCUGACCUCCCAGGAUAGGCGCAGCUAUGAGUUUACAGCUACUAGUCCAGCGGAAGCCAGAGACUGGGUGGAUCAAAUAAGUUUCUUAUUAAAGGAUCUGAGUUCCUUAACCAUUCCAUAUGAAGAGGAGGAGGAGGAGGAAGAAGAGGAAGAAGAGAUGUAUGAUGAUAUUGAUGGUUUUGGCUCCCUUAAUUCUGGUUCCCAGCGCAGACCGAUUAUCUUGCCUGGGAGUGUGGGGAUAAAAGAGCCUACAGGGGAGAAAGAAGAAGAAGAAAUUUAUGAAGUCUUACCAGAUGAAGAGCAAGAGCCAGAAGAGGAUGACAGUGGCCCUGGACGAGAGGGAGUAGACUAUGCCAAUUAUUACCAGGGCCUAUGGGAUUGCCAUGGUGACCAGCCAGACGAACUGUCCUUCCAACGGGGUGACCUCAUCCGCAUUCUGAGCAAGGAGUAUAAUGUGUAUGGCUGGUGGGUAGGAGAACUGAACAGCCUCGUUGGGAUUGUUCCAAAGGAGUAUCUGACCACCGCCUUUGAAGCGGAAGAAAGAUGAAGCCCAGGUGUCGGAACCAUUGUCAACAAACCAGGAAACAGUUUUCUCUCCAUCCUGCCAUUAUGAAGAAACUGACCAUCAAGAGCUCCCCCCGGCUCCCACCACCCCGCCAAUGCCAUGGACUCCUCUCUACCAAAGAGACCAAGUCUCUGACACCUCAGAGUGACUAUAAACCACCAUAAGACAAGUGGGAAGAGGCACAUUCAUCAUGCUUGUCACUAAAACAGCCUAGCCACAGCUCAUCCCCAUCUGUAAACGUGUCUGCACAUCUGCAUCUGCCUUUUCCACGGGCUUGUCACAAAGAAAGGGGAGAGAAGGAAGCCUCGGGAGGAAGGAGUUGCUGGUGGUUUGGCCGGGGUGAAAAACACAAAUAAAUUUCACGUUUGGUUCCUGGC